GAGUGAUUGUGAUGAUGAAUUCUCUUCCUCCUUUCUGCAAUGCCAAACUCACCCUUAUUCCUCUCACUUCUCCCUCAUCUAUUUUCCUCCGCAAAACCAAAUAUUCUCUUUCUCUAAAUACCGAAACUGGGAUUUCCCUAAUAUCAGUAAAACCCUCACAAAACCUCAACCCCUCCAAAUGGCGAAUCAAUGUCCGAGCCAGUGCUGCAGACGAAAUCGACAUGGUUCGAAACAAAGAUGGCGUCUACACAGUCAAGCGGAAGAAGGUGGUGGUUCUCUGGGAUCUUGAUAACAAGCCCCCUCGUGGCCCGCCGUAUGCGGCGGCGACGGCACUGAUAGAAUUGGCGCAGCGGUUCGGCGAUAUUGUCGACAUCUCCGCCUACGCCAACCGCCAUGCCUUCGUGCACCUACCCCAGUGGGUCCUCGAGGAACGCCACGAACGACGCCGCAUGGACUUCCUCGAACGCAAGGGCAUAACGACGCCGGCUGAGCCCUAUAUCUGCGGCGUCUGCGGCCGCAAAUGCCGAACCAACUUGGACCUCAAAAAGCACUUCAAGCAGCUCCACGAGCGCGAGCGCCAGAAGAAGCUAAAUCGGAUGAGGUCGCUCAAGGGUAAGAAACGACAGCGUUAUAAGGAGAAGUUCAUUUCUGGGAAUACUAAGUAUGAGGAGGCAGCGAGGUCUUUAAUCACUCCAAAGGUUGGGUAUGGACUGGCUUCGGAGUUGAGGCGUGCCGGAGUUUUUGUGAAGACGGUGGAGGAUAAGCCCCAGGCGGCAGAUUGGGCGUUGAAGAGGCAAAUGCAGCAUUCCAUGAGUCGAGGAAUUGAUUGGUUGGUUUUGGUAUCAGAUGAUUCAGACUUUGCGGAUAUGUUGAGGAGGGCCAGGGAGUCGAAUUUGGGGACAGUGGUUGUUGGGGAUUGGCACAGGGCAUUGGGGCGCCAUGCAGAUUUGUGGGUUCCCUGGACUGGGGUUGAAAAUAGGGAGGUUACGGAGGAGGAUUUGAGGCCUAGGAAUAGGAGGAGAAGUGAUUUCGAGGAUAGGGAUGAUGGUUUGUUUUCAGUCACCCAUUUUAAUGGAGAUGGCAUUGGUGGGGGCAUUUUGGAUGGUUUAGUGGAUGAGCUUGUCGUGAAUAGGUCCGAGUGUAAUGGUGUCAAUAUAUCAGCUUUUUCUGAAGGGGAAGAAGAUUGGAUAGGAGAGGAAUUAGACAAGAGGGGUCGUGUUCAGUUCCAAGCUGGCCAAUCUCUUGAUGAGGAUGAUGAUUAUAUCUUAUGGGAUAGUGAGGAUGAGGAAGCAGAGGAGGAAGAUGGGUAUUUGUGAUAUAGCAAAUGCACUUGUUAGCCUGGGGAAUUGAUUUUUGUUUUGUGGGCAUUCCCUUCUGUUGUGAAAUUGGAAUAUAUGGGUUGGGAAGGAUAAGAACUGCUGCAAUUAAGGAACAAGAAUGUUUAUUGACAGCCUAAUUCAUAGAUUCCAACUUCAUGCCCAGAUGUCAUUGAUUGCUUUCUGGAUAUACAGAGUUGGUUGGGUGGUUUAACUGGGAAUUCACAAAACGUGCAUGAAAAGGUGCUCCAUCACGGGCAAUAUCUUUGGAUCUUACAAUGAAAGGUUGACAGUGUUGAUUAUCAUAUCUGCAAAUGGCAAAGGCAUAGAAGAAGGAUACAUCAAUAAGAACAGGGCGCCCAACGGCCAACCCAAAGCAUACAAGAAGUAUAUAACAGGCGCCUAUAGGCAAAAAAAAAAAAAAAGGAAGGUACAAAAAAACUCACUUGUCCUCAUUUAGAGCCCAAUCAAUCAAAAAAGUUGAUUAAAGAAUUAGGCUCUUCAUCUAUACAUGACUUAGUUCAAGGCCAAAAAUUACGAACAAAAAAAUAUUUCAUCAUUUGAAUAAAAAACUCCUCAUUUUAAAAACAAUCUUAUUUCUUUCCUUCCAAACCGUCCAAAAGAGACUUAAGGGGGCUGCUCUCCAAACCUUUCUUCGCUUUCUUUGCUUCUUGCUCACAAACGAGCCAUACCACCCAAGAAGGAUCUCUCUAACCGAUGAAGGAAGAACCCACAGCACACCAAAAAGGGUAAACAACAAAUCCCACAAAACCUUAGCCUUGGUGCGGUGAAUUAGAAGGUGAUCAAUAGACUCUUUAGCAGCACAACAAAGGAAACAUCUAUUCGGAAGUGACCAGCCCCUCUUCUUUAGUUGAUCCAAAGUUGAAGCUUUACCCCAUGAAGCUUCCUAAGCAAAAAAACCAACCUUAUUGCCAAAGAGAUUAUUGAUUCAAGUCUGAGGAGUCUUACAAGGAGUGGUUGUUAAGUUAGAUUUUGGAAAAGCCUAUGACCCACUUAUGAAAAAAAAAACAGAUUUUUGGAAAAGGCUAUGACCCUGUCAACCAGAGUUUUCCUUUGGUAGUGCUGCAGUUUUGGCCAGAAAGGGGUUGACUGGAUUUGAUUUUGCAUAUCAAUAACAAACUUUUUGUCUUGGUGAAAGGAAUGCCUUUUGAUUUCAUUCACAAUUAAAAGGAUUGGGACAAUGGGAUCCCCUAUCGCCUUAUCUGUUUGUUUAGAUGAUGGAGGCCCUUAGUCUUUUCUUGAGAAUGACAAGGGUGGGAGGUUUCAUUUCAGGCUUAAAGGUGGGAAAUAGGAGAGGAGAGAGUGGAGAUUUCCUACCUUCUAUUCAUUGAUAAUGUCCUUUAUUUUUAAUCUUGUUCAAAUAAAUUGAACUAUAUGAGUUGGGUUUUGUUAUGGUUUGAGGCUUCUUCAAGUUUGAAAGUUAAUUUAGGCUAAAGUGAAUUAAUUCCAGAGAGGGAGGUCCCUAGCAUAAAGGAGCUUGCUUUGAUGUUGGGUUGCGGGGUGGGGAAACAUCCUGCCACUUUUUUAGAUUUGCCUUUGGGAGCUACCUUCGAAUCUCCAUGUAUUUGCUAUGUGAUAGAGAAGAGGUUUCGCAUAAGGUUAGCUCUUUGGAAAAGGCAAUAUCUCUCAUAGAAAGGAAAACUCACUCUUAUAGGUACCUUUUGCAGCAUGCCUAAUUUCUUUCAUGUCUCUGAUUGUUACUCCUAAAGUGACUUCUUUGAGAUUGGAAACAUUUUAGCAUGAUUUCCUAUGGAGGGUGGAGCUUUUGAGAAGAAACCCCAUCUAAUGAAGUGGUUGUCUCUUUGCAAAGAUAAAAAGGUUAGGGGGCUAGGUAUUUGAGUUUUGGCCGCACUUAAAAAAGGCCUUGGAAAAAUGGUGCUUGACAUUUGCUUUGGAAAGCGAGUUUCUUUAGAGAUAUCUUGUUAUGGAAAAGUUUUGGCAAGAGUUGGGAAGUUGGUGUUCUCGUGUAGGGAGGGAGAGUAUGACAUUGGUUUGUGAAGGCAAUAAGAAGAAGAUAGAGAGCUUUCAAAGCUAGAACAAGAUUUGAGGCAAGCAAUAGGAGAAGAAUCAUGUUUUGGCAAUAUGUUUGGUGCAAAGGUUCUUCCUUAAAGCACUUGUUUCCCUCUCUUUUCUUGUUUGCAACUUUUAAGAGUCUUAGGUGGCUAAUGUUCAGGACUCAGGAGUUUGUGUUAAGUAGGUCUUUGGAAUCUUGCUUCUGAGGACAUCUCCAAGACUAGGAGUUGGAUUGUAUCAAGGAGUUGGUUAGGAGCUUACAAGCGUGAGGAGGUGCAAUGGGGAUGAGGCUAGAUUGGUUUGAGAGGCUUGCAAUAGUAGGAAAUUCUGUGAAAUCUUUCUAUAUCUUAGAAAUGGAUGAAGAAGCAUUUUUCCUCCAAAGGAAGCAUGUGGCUCUUGAGCUCCUUUGAAAGUGGCAUUUUUUUUCCAUACGAGACUGCUUGGGAAAGGAUCCCAACUUUAGAUCAGCUCAAAAGAAGAGUGGUUGUUGCUAUUUGUGCAAGAAUGCAGAAAGUCAGUUAAAUACCUUCUUCAUUGUGGGAAAGCAAAGGAGUUCUGACACUUCUUGUUCUCUCUCUUUGGUAUCUCUUGUGUCCUCCCUUUGGUGAAAAAAUUACUAAUUGGUUCGUAUAAGAGUUUCACUGGCAAAAAGUGAGGGUUUGGAUGAUAACCAGGACCCUUUAUUGGAGUUCAAUGUUUAUAUCAAUCUUUGAAGGACUCCCUUACUUGUGCCCACUUCUGGUGGUCUCACCAAUCUCUUCAAGCUGGUCCUUCAUUCAUCCUUGAUAGACUUUAUGAGUAGUUGAGCUUUAGGUAGCGGGAAUGCUGAUGUGGCUUUUGGUUGUUUUUCUUUUCACUUUAAAGUGUGCCUACCUUUUUCUUUUGUCAGGCACUAUUAGAUGUAAUCUUGUUUUUCUGAAUAUCAUUGAUUAUAGCAAGGUUACAGAAUAAGUUCCAAAUUGAAGUGGGACUUACUAUUGUAGAUCCUGGUCUUUCAUGUCAAGGACUUGUACCUUUGGCUUUGACAAAAACAUUGUGGAAUUUAUUGUGACUGUUGUUAAUUUAGAAAGGCAACAUGCCUAAACCACGGAACUGUUUGAAAGCUACAAGGAAAACACUUCUCUGAACUACAUAUAUGAAAUUUGAUUGUCUGGUGAGAGUUUUGAGAGCA